GCCGCCCGUGUCCCUCCGCCGCGCGCGAGCGGGGGACUUUUUCGCGGGGCUUUUUGGGCGCCCUAUGAGAAGCGGCGGCGGGCUCCGGGCGGCCCUGCUCGUCGUUCGGUCGGGCGGCGGCCGGGCGCGCGGGUGACACGAUGUCCUUGGUAGAUUUGGGAAAGAAGCUUUUAGAAGCUGCUCGAGCCGGCCAAGAUGAUGAAGUUCGCAUUUUGAUGGCCAAUGGAGCGCCUUUUACUACAGAUUGGCUGGGAACUUCUCCACUUCAUCUAGCAGCACAGUAUGGCCACUAUUCAACUACGGAAGUAUUACUACGAGCAGGAGUAAGUCGAGAUGCGAGGACCAAAGUGGAUCGGACGCCACUACACAUGGCAGCUUCAGAAGGCCACGCAAGCAUUGUAGAAGUUUUGCUGAAGCAUGGUGCAGAUGUAAAUGCAAAGGACAUGCUGAAAAUGACUGCUCUGCACUGGGCCACCGAGCACAAUCAUCAGGAAGUAGUGGAACUCUUAAUAAAGUAUGGGGCAGAUGUCCAUACCCAAAGUAAAUUUUGCAAGACUGCGCUAGACAUUGCCAUAGACAAUGGAUAUGAAGACUUGGCAGAAAUUCUACAGAUCGCCAUGCAGAACCAAAUCAACACGAAUCCAGAGAGCCCCGACACAGUGACGAUUCAUGCAGCAACGCCACAGUUCAUCAUUGGACCUGGUGGUGUUGUGAAUCUAACAGAUGAGAGUGGAAUGUCUGCUGUCCAGUUUGGCAAUUCCUCAACUUCAGUUCUGGCAACUCUGGCUGCCUUAGCAGAAGCCUCAGCUCCGCUGUCCAACUCCUCAGAAACGCCAGUUGUGGCUACAGAAGAAGUGGUGACCGCUGAAUCUGUGGAUGGUGCAAUUCAACAAGUCGUUAGUUCUGGAGGUCAGCAGGUUAUCACCAUAGUAACAGACGGGAUACAGCUUGGAAACCUCCAUUCCAUUCCCACCAGCGGAAUGGGUCAACCCAUUAUAGUGACCAUGCCAGAUGGGCAGCAAGUACUUACAGUACCAGCCACAGACAUUGCAGAGGAAACAGUAAUCAGCGAAGAGCCUCCAAUGAAGAGACCAUGUAUUGAGAUCAUUGAAAAUCGGGUGGAAUCGGCAGAAAUAGAAGAAAGAGAAACAUUACAAAAACAGCUGGACGAGGCUAACCGGGAAGCCCAGAAGUAUCGCCAGCAACUUUUGAAGAAGGAACAAGAAGCAGAAGCUUGUAGGCAGAAGUUGGAGGCGAUGACCCGCCUCCAGACUAGCAAAGAAGCUGUUUGAAUGGAUGAAGUGAGCCUUCUAUCAUAUACAGGAUAAGAAAACCGCAGUACAAUCUGGUUCUGCAAUAACGCAUAUUGUAGGUGCAGAACAGAGAUUUUUUUUUUGUCAAAGAAGAUGCUACUGGACUUAAGCCAUGAGCUCUGGUGAUUUUCUUGUAUCAUAAAAAAAAAAAAACCAACCUCAGAAUUUAGACAUUUUUGUGCAAAAUAUUUAAAAAAAAAUACUGUAAAUAGUUUUUUUUUUUACAGUUCCAAAAUUAGUUGUUUAAUCUUUUUGGAAGGGAUCCACAAACCUGCAAUGCCAAUGUUUUUGUGACUUUUUUUAAAUUUUAUUUUAUUUUACUAUGAAUCUUCUGAGAUGCAGAACAGUUUUAAGGAGGAUAACUGUUGAUUGAAACUGUGCUGUGUUAAAUGAAUUAUGUGACAGAACCGAGCUUGAAAGCUAUGAAUUCGAUCUCUGGCUAAAAAUUCAUUUCCUGAUUAUUGUUAUCCUUUGUACAGCUUUAAGGAGUUGGCCAAGGCCUCCGAACAAUGCCCCCCUUUUUUUAGGGAAGAAAAAAGUGUAAUUUUUUAUAUUUAAUUCCUGAUAUAUUCAAGUAGAUUGACAUGUAUAUGAAGCUGAUAUUUUUAAAAAUUUUCAGUUUGUACAUACGCUGCAUGUUUUUUUUUAUGAUUUCUAUAUACAUCUUCCAUAAGUAUUUUUCAGGAAAGAGGAUGGAAAAUUAUGAUUAAAAAAAAAUAUUUAACCUCUAGGCCAGGAGCGGGCAACUAUGGCAACUUUACAACCCGUGGACUUCAACUCCCAGAAUUCCUGAGCCAGGCUCAGGAAUUCUGGGAGUUGAAGUCCACGGGUCGUAAAGUUGCUAUAAUUGCCCAGUCCUGCUCUUUGUCUUGGGGGUAGGGGGUAGAUGAAGAAGCCGGUGAAUAACUGUGGGUCGAUUGUUUUUCUUUUAUAUCGGGAGCCCCAUUUCUUAGAGGGAUGUAACCUGGGAGAAGAAAAGGAAAACAAAAACCAGUAUUUAUGUAAUAUAUUAACUAUAUGAAAAUAUUACCCUUAGCGCAGCCAAUCAUAUUUUCAGGGGUGUCCAGCCAAGCUGGGCUGGGAAAAUUCUGCAGAUGGGAGAACAAAUUUCAAGUCUUUUCCCCCGCCCCCAAACUCUUAAGCUUAACCUCUUCCCCUGCUAUGCUGCCACCUGCUGGACAGGAUGUUAACAUUCACAUCACGGCACCCCUCUGUCCCCAUCUCUCCCCCACUGCCCACACCCCAAAUGCAAAUGCCGUAAGGAUAAUAGGCUGAUAUCUGGAAUUGGACUCCAGGCUGUCCUUCAAGAAAUCUGUUGGUAAAUGGCACACAAGUGUGUCCAUCUCUCACAAUGCCUUUAAUCUGACUCGCCAACGGACAGCAGGUACUGAUGACCAGACCUCCUAAAACAGUUCACAAUACCUGCCCCACAAAGAUUUUAUCACCUGCUAGAAAUUGUCCAAAAAAAAAAAAGGAGGGGUUAGUGGAAGGAGUUAAUUUAAAGACAGAGGUCUGAAAAUGGCAUCCCACCACCACUUCUCCAACGGGGCAUCCCUCAAGCGUUGAAGGUCAUGAGAUUGGAGAGAGGAAAUUGAGCAACCAAUGACUCCUCACACUCCUCCUUUUUCAUGAGUAUGGCUGUUGUAUACUGAUAGCCUAAAACGUAAGACAAUUCGGCACUGGGGUCAUUUCUGUCCCACAGUGUUCCCACUUUGGUUGCAAAACGAACAGGGGUAACAGAAAAGCCUGAAGUCCUUGCAUGCGUUUUAUCUAGGAGCCACCUAAAGUGAGGCCCACCUUCUCUUGCGUUCCUGCUCUGCCACCAACUUCCCUGUGACUUUUGCUCUCCUUUCUUCCAACGACGCUUACAGAGGAAAUGCUCCUUGUUUCACAUUUGUGCCCAUCGUCCCAAUCUAACAGUGCAACUAAUGCAUGCAGGCGCAUGUAAUUUUCACCCGUUUUUUUAUUUGCACAACAAAAUUUUAAGGUUGUGUCCUAAAUCAUGACUGACCUCUAGGGGCAGCUUUGUAUGGGCGGUUCGGUUGUUGCCUUCUGUUAUUCGGGAGAGCUGUGAUUAUGUUUUAAUUUGCGUGGUCUUCAGGGGGAAGACAAUUCUUAGCAUUUCCAGCGAAUGGUGUUUUAAAUUUCUCCGUUUUUACCUGCCUUCUCUCUCUCUCUCUCUCUCUCUGUCUCCUCCCAUGCCAUCCAGGUUUAUUGGUAUUCAGCGCCCACAUUUUGCUAACCAAGUACAAUCGGCGGUUAUUGAUGUAGAUUGAUGUAGAGUUCUGCCAUGAUUGAACUAUAUAAAAUUGUGAAGGAGUGAUUUAGGUCUGCAAGGUAUUGUAGAUAAUAUACCAGGGUAUAGGAGGGCAACCCUAAGUACUAUUACACAUGAAAAAUUCACUGUUAAAAGAAAUAAGGAUGUUUUAGACCCUAAACUUUAAUAUAUCCUCAAGAAAUUGGUAAGUAAGCACUUAGUUCCCUUACUGGACUUCAGCCCAGAACAAACGUUAUGGGACCUAUUAAAGCAGGGGUCUCCAAACUUGGCAACUUUAAGACUUGUGGACUUCAACUCCCAGAAUUCCUUAGCCAGCUUUGAAUUCUGGGAGUUGAAGUCCACAAGUCUUAAAGUUGCCGAGUUUGGAGACCCCUGUACUAAAGAUUUCACAGAUGAGUCCUGCUGUUCCGAUGGAAAGGAAUGAAAAGUAGAUAUAAUUGUAGAUGGGAUUUGAAUACAGGGAGAAAAGAGAUGGAUCUCCCUCCCCUUAACCUUGUCUUGUGUGAGCUUUCCACUUGCACUCAGGCAAACAUAAGGGAAUAUUUAUAAAAAAUGUAUUUCCUUGUCCGUCACAGUUGAUGUAAUUGAGUCUAUCUUGCCUGCUGCAAAUGUUGACCUGUAGAGAGCUAAGAACAUUUAGAUAUUGGUUGGCUUCUGGAUAAUUCACAGACCAUACUGCCUUAAAGAUUACCAAGUGCUACAAACGCUUUACCCUUUGUUCAGACUACUGUGCAGCUCCUUUUAUUUCCACGUAUACCUUGUAUUUUGAUUUGUGCUUUGCUGUGUUUUAUCUUUCAGUGCUUUUAUGAAACGUAUAACUUUAUAAAUCAUCUAGAUUACCUAUACAGAAGAAUUGCCCUUAAAACUUGUCUUUGGCCUACCUUUUCUAUUUACAAUUAAAUAUCUUUUCCACAGA